AUGUUUUGCAUAAUAUUCCAGUUAUUGCUUGGUGAUUUACCAGCAGAUUUUCUACGCCUCGCCGUACCGAUCACUGCAACCGGACAACCGCAACAGCAAGUGGCUCCGGUUGUUCGUGCUCCAACCACUGUUUUGAUCACAGAUCCGGCUCUUGCCGCGCAACACAACCUUAUUCAAGCUCAGUGGAUUGAUACAGAUGAGAAUAAAAAAACAGAGGAAACAACGAAACAGAAGGAGGCAUUUCAGCACGCGUUCUACAGUUUUGUGCCACCAAAUACUCGUGGCCGUAUCUCGAUUACUGUGGUCGAAGCGAAGUUGGCCAAAAACUAUGGCCUGGUUCGAAUGGAUCCGUACUGUCGCAUUCGUGUUGGGAAUGCCGUCUUCGAAACACCGACUGACAUCCACGGCGGUAAAGCGCCGAAAUGGAAUCGAAUCGUUAAUGCUUACUUACCACAUGGCGUUGAGUCAAUCUAUCUGCAAAUUUUUGACGAGCGUGCGUUCACCGUAGACGAGUGUAUUGCUUGGGCGCAUGUUGUGUUGCCAAGUGCAGUGUUUAAUGGGGAGAUAAUUGAUGAUUGGUAUCAGUUAUCGGGACAACAGGGCGAUGGAAAGGAAGGUGCAAUCGAUUUAAUCGUUGCAUUUACGCCAGUCGAGCAAUCACCACAAGUCGCAAUUGAAAGCACAACACAGCCUCAACAACAGAAUGUCGCACCGCCACGAGUUUUAUUCACCGAAGAAGAAGUUAAAGAAUUGCACGCAAUGUUCCCAUCGGUAGAUGUUGACGUUAUACGGUGUGUUCUCGAAGAAAAACGCGGCAAUAAGGAUGCAACCGUUUCAGCCAUUCUCGAAAUGACUUCAGAAUAA